GCGGGGGAAGAGAGGAGAAAAAAAAUAAAAAGGAAAAAAAGAGCGGAGCUGAGUCUGGAAGCGGGUCUCGCCGCCCAGGACCCGCACGCCCCGGCGGCCACGCGUGGGUGCAGAUCGCGGCGCGGCGCGCAGGGCCGGGCGGAAGAUGCACACGACGCAGAAGGACACCACUUACACCAAGAUCUUCGUCGGGGGCUUGCCCUACCACACCACCGACUCCAGCCUGCGCAAGUACUUCGAGGUCUUCGGGGACAUCGAGGAGGCGGUGGUGAUCACCGACCGGCAGACGGGCAAGUCCCGGGGAUACGGCUUUGUCACCAUGGCUGACAGAGCUGCUGCUGAAAGGGCUUGUAAGGACCCCAACCCCAUCAUCGAUGGCAGGAAAGCCAACGUGAACCUGGCCUACCUGGGUGCCAAGCCGCGGAUAAUGCAGCCAGGUUUUGCCUUUGGUGUCCAGCAGCUUCAUCCAGCUCUCAUACAGAGGCCUUUCGGGAUACCCGCUCACUAUGUCUAUCCACAGGCUUUUGUGCAGCCCGGAGUGGUAAUUCCCCACGUGCAACCCGCAGCGGCCGCUGCUUCCACCACGCCCUACAUCGACUACACCGGAGCGGCGUACGCGCAGUACUCGGCGGCGGCGGCCCCCCAGCCCCUCGCCGCGGCAGCGCCCGGCACGGCCGCGGCGGCCGCGGCAGCUUUCGGCCAGUACCAGCCCCAACAGCUGCAGACAGACCGCAUGCAAUAGCAGAUGGACUCCGAAGGAAGCUCGCGCGCUCUCUUCCUCUUCUCAGCCUUCCAGUAUAAGUAGUUAACAGACAAUCCGUAGUAACUAAGGAGCUUUAAGGAAAGCGAUGCUAUUGCGAAACUAAAGAUUUUUAUUCCGCUGUCUUCAUACAGUAUGCAUCCAAAUCGUGUUGUUAGAGGGGAAGGGUAGAGCGGCAUGUCUAGUUUCAAGUAUCAAGCCAGAAGAAAAUAGGGGGGAAAAUACUGUACUGUCAUGAAAGAGUGGCAGGAGUAGCAAUGGGACUUCAUAUUUUCAAACAAACAAAAAACCAAAAAAAAGCAAAGAUGUACUUUCUACAGUAUCAGGGAAGCAAAACUGCCUUUUAUAAGUAAGAAAAUGGUAUCUGAAAAGUUUGAACCAGGGAAAAAACUUGAGUCAGCAAUAUGUAACCUUUAUCCAUUUUAAGAGGAAAUGAGCUUAAAGCACUGAUUGUCCUCUCUAGCUUUCAGAAGUUGUCUUUGUGAGACAGGACCUUGUCACUGUCUCACUGACGGGCACCGAACAACCCAAGGAAGAUGGCCGGCUAGUAAGAUGGCGGACAGGCACCAAAGUUAUUUUCUUCUCUGUCCUCUGGAUGAGUGGAACUAUGGAGCAAGUGAUGUGGAAGUAAGGGGUGCAACAGCUGUAGAGACAAUCAAUAACACAGACAGUUCUGGACAGAACACAUCACUCGUGCUCAUGUGAUGAGCUUGUCACAUCCUAAUCCCUCGCCCCAUCCCGUUUCACUUUUGGGAAACUUUAACUGCUGGUGUCAGCUAUUCUGAUUCUAAAAUAGGAUCAGCCCUUUACUACAACAGCCUUCUCUUUCUAUUUAUUGCAUCUAUUCGUAACUUGUGAAUAAAGGCAGGAAGAAGCCUAAUGAAUUAAAACCUUUUAAGAACUGUUUUAAGGGAAUUUUCUUUUCUGAAACCAUUUGUACAAUUUUAGUAUCUAUUUCAGGAUUAUAUUUAAAGUAUUUAUUAGCAAACAUACAGUACACAAGGCAACUUUUUGUUACCAAGACUGCAGUUCUUGAAGGGUUAAUGGUAUGUGAUUUAUACUGUGCCUUAAUUGUUAUGCUAUUUAAAAAGAAAUAUUUAUUUUGAAAGUUUUACUAUGCUGCGCUCUAAAGAAAGCGACUUUAGAUGUGACACUGUAAAAUUAUGUAUUCAUCUCAUGGUAUAAAUUAUUUAGUAGGCUUAGAUGUAGCAUAUUAAAUAUUAACCUAAUUAACUAAGGAUGUUGACUUGGAUUUAUUUAAAUUCAGUAUGUGCACUGUAUGAGGGUACUCUUAAAUUAACACUUUUUUAGGUUUCUACAUAAAAUAUUGCUAGUUCAUUCUUUUUCCCUCUACUAGUUAUUCAUGUAGACCUCUCAAAUACAUUAGUGCCGUUUUCUCACUCAUCUGUAUGUAGACUGACUAUUUUUCCCUUUGCUAGAAAAUGCUGCUUUACAUUGUCCUGUGAAACUACAAUACUUGCAAUUUUUAUUCUUGACCGAAAUGGAAUUUAAUAUUUUACACUGUAUUGGAUUUUUUUAUACUUGAACAAUUUCAUACAAGGGAAGACAGGAUAGCAUUUUUAUGGACUUUAUCCAAUGUCACUGGAUUUAUUUGAAGUAUUCUGAAUACUAGCCAGUGUUACAAUGUAGACAUGACUCUCCUGUGCAUAUUAUUUAUUCAGUAUGUAUACUGCUUUACAACAUUUCAGAUCUCUUAAUCUAUUCACUUGUAUUAAAACAAUAAAAAAAAGUUGUCUCG